AUGUGGCAGAGGCACAGAGACAGCAUCGGCGAAAGAAGUACCCUGGCGCCGUCCCGCGCAGCAUCUCCUGUGUCGGCGGCUGGCUCUGAGGAUGCCUCCUGGGAAAGUGCUCUCGCGGAGAACGGCGAGUGGCCGAGAGUCCGUGAGCACCCAGCUGAUUUGGAUAUGCUGGAGGAGGCGAGCGAGAAUGAGAUGGGGGAGGACGAGUCGCUUCAGGAGUCAGAUGGCGCUCCACGCUGCGAUCCUCGAGAAGCUGUGCAAGAGGUGCAGUCCAUCAAGGAUGGCCUGGCGACAACUGCCAGGGAUGUCGAGGUUCGGGACCCGUUCGACCCCUCAAAGAACGCAUUGCCCAGUCUGUUGCAGUGCCUUACCGUGGAUGAAAUUAUGGAGUGGCGCCUGACGUCUCGGCAGGCCAGCAGUCCCAGGGCCUUGAUACACCACCUGGCCGAACUGGGCAGGCUUGACAGGUCCGAGUCAAUCUGCGACUUUGCUGAGAAAUGGACAUCUGGCAUCGCCGACCCGGAUACCUUUAAUGCCGAGAUUGCGAAGGAUCUCACGAAACAGAAAUUCUUUGAGUGCCGCUGGUGGUGCAUGAAGCUGGCGCAUGCAGAGCAAACACAUUUCCCAGAAAGUGAUGUCCGCAAAAUCGUCAGCGCAAACCUUGCAGACUUGCUUGUGCACUGCAGCCACCCGGAUGAAACUGUGAGGAGGGCAGCGCGCGACAUUGUGUGGUUCUAUGGGGUUGGCAGCCUCCCCUUUGUGCAGCAGUUGAUCGCGGAAGCCAUGCUUGGCCAGAUGGGGGACCUGUUACUGCCAGAGUCCUCGGACAUCAGCCGAGAGACCUCGACUGAGGCAAUGCAGUGUAGCCAGUACCUUAAAUGCGUACUGCGCGCACUGUCGAAGCCUCAGCGCCAAAAGUGGGUGUCCCUGCUGGUCAGAGUCCUGCAAAGUCAGAACCCGUGCCAGAACAGAGUGAUGGAACACCUGAAGCUUCUGUGGCGAGCUGAUGACGAUCCAAGACGAAGCUACGCAGAAGCCAAGCAGCAGCUGAAGGCUUUCUCAGAGCACGCCAAUCGAGAUUUGAGGAGACAGCUUUGGAGUCUGUACAACUGCUGA